AUGGCACAAUCGGAACCUAAUGGACUAUUUGCGAUGUGGAACUCAACUACCAAGGGACAUGUCCUUCAUGGAAGGCUUAAUCCCAUUUCAGAUGAUGUGGAAUAUUCUGCUUUUAUUUUUGAUGCUUAUGGAACAGAUGGUGUAAUUUCGGUUUAUGUGGAUCAUAUUGGGGUUGGUGUUGAUGGGUGGCAUGAUGAUGAAGAUAAUGAUGAUGAUGAACAUGAGUCUUGUAUUGAUGGUGAAAAUGAAGACAACAUAGAUGAACUUAGAAAUGUUGCCUUUGAAUUUAAUGAGGAUGUAGUGCAUAUGAAUAGGACAUCAAAUGAUCCUUUCUUGAGUAAGCUAUGUGUUGAUGAUGAGGAUGCAAACAACAUUGUAGAUGAUGACAAUGGGAGAGAAGUUGAAGUUAACAUACAAGCUCAUUCCAUAUUUAAUGAGCUAUUACACUGGAAAAAACAAAAACCAAUUCUAGGGAUGAGAUUUAAGGGUCCAGGGCAAGUAAAAUCAAUGUUGUGUAACUAUGCUGUAGCUAAUGGGUAUCAAUUGUGUUUUGAAAAAAAUGAUCGGACAAGAUUUUUGGUGAGGUGUAAAAAAGGUGCUUGCACAUUUAGAUUAUGGACUUCCUGGAUGAGUGAUGAAGAGAGUUUCCAAAUCAAGUCACUAAAAGCUAAUCAUAAUUGUGCUAGGAACUUCAAGUUUGGAUCAUUGGUGACAUAUGCAUGGAUUGGGAGUCACUAUACCAAAGAGAUUGUAGAAAGUCAGAAAAUAAGUGUAAGGAAGCUUAGGUUAAAGGUAAUGGCCAAGUUUGGUAUCCAAGUUAGUAUGGGGCAAUGUAGAAGAGCAAAGAAGUAUGCACUGAAACUUGUUGAAGGAAACCUUGUUGAACAUUAUGGUAAGCUAUGGUCAUAUGGUCAUGAGAUUCUAAGGACAAAUCCUAGGUCAACUGUGAAACUAGAUAUAGAGGAUGGGCCAGAUGGAAAGAAAUAUUUUAGCAAGUUCUAUUGUUGUUUUCAAGGAGUUAAACAAGGUUGGAUUGAAGGGUGUAGAAGGGUAAUUGGUCUUGAUGGAUGUUUUCUUAAAGGUGUUUGUAAGGGAGAAUUGCUUUGUGCUAUUGGGAGGGAUGCAAAUGACAAGAUAUAUCCUAUUGCUUGGGCAGUGGUUAAUGUGGAGAACAAGCAGAAUUGGAAGUGGUUUCUAGAGCUUCUCAUUGAUGAUCUACACUUGAAUUUAGGCAAUGGUUUCAGUUUAAUGUCAGACCAACAUAAGGGUUUGAUAGAGGCUGUUAAAGAGUUGCUGCCAUAUGUAGAGCACAGGCAGUGUGCUAGACAUAUUUUCCAGAAUUUGCAGAAGAGAUUUACUGGUGCCAUAUAUCAUACCUUGUUUUGGAGAGCAUCUAAAGCCACAACUGAGCAUGCUUUUAAAGUUGUGAUGAAAGAAAUUGAGACAUUGAACCCAGAAGCCCAUCAAUAUCUCAUGGAGAAAGAUCCUAAAACAUGGUCUAGAGCUUUCUUUCAAACUGGAAGGUGUUGUGAUGCAGUUGAAAAUGGGUUCUCAGAAAGUUUUAAUGCUGGACAACAAUGGGGAAAUCAUAUUUGUCCAGAGAUAAGGGAUAAGGUGAAUUUGCUUAAAAAGCUCAAAGGCAUUAUCAGGUUGUGGCAAUUGAAUGGAUAUGGAUGUGCUCAUUCUGUAGCUAGCAUAUCCUUUCUUAAUAGGGAUGUAGAAGCCUAUGUAGACAACAUGUUUAGCACAACCACAUUUAGAAAGGCAUACAAUUACAGAAUUGCUCCCAUGAAUAGCAGUGACAUGUGGCAGAGACAAACUAUACUCCACCAUUGCCUCCUAUUAAUAGAAGGAUGCCUGUAUUUGCAAGGAGAUAGGUCACAACAAGGCCACUUGUCCACAGAGAAGGCCCCAAAAGUUAAAUGUGAAGAAACAGAAGAAACAAAAAGUAUGUGUGAACCAAAAUGCAGGACAGAGGUUGAAAUGACUCCAAUUGAGAUGGAUACUACUCAAAAUGAUAUGCAAGUUGCUCCUACUGAUGUUGAAUCUAGUAGUGCAGGGGAUUUUAUUCAAUAUGUGCAAUUCACUCCACCUAGAAGUUAUGAAGGUGAUGAGGGUGUUAUGGGUGAGGAAGCUGAUGUGGUUGAGGAAGCUGUUGUGGUUGAGCAAGUUGUUCAAGAUGAGGAGGCUGAGGAGGUUGAUCCUGUUAUACAAGUUGAUAAUGUAAAUGUUCAGGAGGUUGAUGAGGUUAAUCAUAAUGCCCAAGUGGAUAAUGGUAAUGUUCAGGAGGUUGCUCCUGUUAACCAAGUUCAGCAGGUUUGUGUUAGGCCAAUUUCAGAUAUUUUGAAGAGGAUAAGGAGAAGAAAGUCAGAGAGAAUACUAAAGCUGAAAUUAGGCAAAACAAUUGGUGGUGUUGAUGAUCCAGGAAAUUCGAAGGGAAAAGCUCUUGUAAUUGAUUAG